AUGAAUUUUUUAAAAAUAGUUUUAAUUUUUAUUUUUUUAAAUAUAAAUUUUUUUUAUAAUUAUAAUAAUGCGGUUGUCGGAGUUAGUUCAUAUUUAAUAGGAUUCGAUUUAAAAGUAAAUAAUAGAUCAUAUUUUGGAUUAAAUGAUACAAUUUCCACAUCAUUUAAGGAAAUGUCUUCAAAAUUAUCAACUUUUUAUUUAAGGUUUGCACAACUACAAUUAUCCAUUUAUAUAUUUCAAGAUGAUCAAAGUGAUGCAGACCAGCCAUUAGAAAUAAAUGAAGAUGUUUAUAUAUUGGGACCAUUUACUAGAUAUUCAUUAAUAGAAGUUAGGGUUGUAAAUUCAAAUUUAGAGAGUUCCAAAAGAAAAGUUAUUAUUGAUGGGUUAAAUGCACAAUCUUAUUUCUUAUCAAUAAACUCUGGAUUCAUGAAAAAGGUGCUAAUUGAUGGUAUUGUUUUUAGAAAUUGGAAAACAAAUAUAGUAUCAUUAAAAAAUUUUCAAAGCGGUACCUUAGAAAUAAAUAACUGCGAGUUUAUAAACUCAAAGUUUGUUUCAAUUGUCUGGUACAACUUUGCCGGAAAAAACAUAUCAAUUUCAAAUAGUGUUUUCAAUAAUAUGCCACUGAAUUCCUUCAAUUCUUUAUUUAGUUACACUUAUAUCGACAACUGCAGCUUUAUAAAUAAUAUUAAUAACAUUAUAAAUAUCAACAGUAAAGAAAUAUUAUCAAUAACUAACUCAGUAUUUAGUAAUAACAUUAAUUCAUAUUUUCAAUUAAAUAAUAUAAACUCUAUAUACCUCUACAACAUUUCAGUAAGCUAUAAUUAUUUUUCAAAAACAUUUAUUGAAUUAAAAAAUAGUUUAAUAGACUCUUCAUUUAUAAAUCUAGUUUUCAAUAAUAAUAACUACAAUAAUAAAAAUACGUUUUUAAUAGUUUCAAUAAUAAAUAGUAAUAAUGAAACCAGUGUAAAUUUACAGGAUAUCGAGAUAAAUAAUAAUGAAAAUCAAAUUUUAGGGGGUUUACUUUAUAUUAAUAAUAAAAACAGGAUAAACAAUAAUAUAAAAUUAAUAAAUAUCUACUCAAAUAUCAACUUUACUAAUAAUGCAAUCAAUACUUUUAAUUCAACAAUAGAAAUAAUUGAUAGUAUAUUAACAUCAAACAUGUAUUCAAUCAAAGGCUAUAAUAAUACAAUAACUUUAGCAGAGGGCAAUAUCAGUAAUAUAGCAAAACCUUUUUGUAAUAUAAUUAAUAAUAUUCAAUACGACUGUAAAGUUCAAGAUAUAAUGAUACCGAAUAACAGUAGCAGUGGAGCCAAUACUACUAAAGAUGAUGAAAUGAACCGUACUGCAAUCAUAUUGCUUUCAGUUUUAGUCCCCACCUCUGCAUUUCUAUUUAUAUUUGUAGUUUCAUUACUCUCAGUUUUAAUUUACCAAAAGAAGAAAAGACUAAAAGUUGAAGACAAAUUAAAAGACUAUCCAUUACCAACAUUUUUAGAAAAUGAAAUAGAAAUGGCUGUAGUAGCACAAAACUAAAUAAAAGAAAAUAAAUAAUACAAUUGUAAAAUAU